AUGUUCGGACGCAUCGGGGGCAAUGCCCUGCGAUCUGCCGUGCGCAGGCCCGUCGCGCGGAGAAACCUCCUCUGUGAGCGCAAAUUCUCGGCCUUUGCCCCCCAGGCCAGUCCCGCCUCGACUGUCCCCUCCGCGGCCUCGCCGUUGGGCAGUAUCACCACCGAAUUGGAUCGCAUCUCGCCCUGUUUCGAGGUGUCCGCGUCCAAUAUCACGAUAUUGGACUCGCCCGCGACUUUUUACUACAUUCUGAAGGACAAGAUAAAGAACGCUCGGAAACGCAUCUACCUAUCCACCCUCUAUAUCGGCAAGACGGAGCAUGACCUCAUCGAGACCCUGGAUCACGCUCUCCACGAUAACCCCGAGCUGAAGGUGUCGAUCCUCACCGACGCCCUCCGAGGGACACGCGAAACGCCAAACCCUUCCUGCGCAUCGCUGUUGUCCUCGCUCGUUGCGACACAUGGCACGGACAGAGUGGAAAUUCGCAUGUUUCAUACCCCUAACCUCACCGGGCUGAAGAAGAACUGGGUGCCGAAUCGGAUCAACGAGGGCUGGGGUCUUCAGCACAUGAAACUCUACGGCUUUGACGACGAGAUCAUCCUAUCGGGGGCCAACCUCUCGGAUGACUACUUCACGAACCGUCUGGACCGGUACCACGUUUUCCACUCCAAGGAGCUGACCGAUUACUACGCCCGCAUCCACCAGGCCGUGUGCAGUCUCAGCUUCCAGGUCCUCGCAGACCCCGACAAUGUCGCGGGCUAUCUCUUGAACUGGCCAACUGAGAAUGGCACUCCCUCCCCUCUGGACGACCCGGAGACCUUCAUCGCAUACUCGUCCACCGUCCUCAACCCGCUCAUCCAACCGUCGGAAAAGCAGGCUGCGCUUCAGCCCAAGUCCUCCGACCAGACCUACGUAUACCCAGUGGCCCAGUUCACCCCGCUGUUCAAGCCCGACACCUCCACCGAAUUCCCCGCAGUCACGGCCAUCCUUCGUCUCCUCUCCAUAUCGCCCGCUUUCUCCGGCGCCCGCUGGCUCUUCACGGCCGGGUACUUCAAUAUCCACCCGGUGCUCUCCUCCCUCCUGAUCGCGAGCACGUCCACCUCGCACACAGAAUCCACGACCCGCGGCACCGUGCUCACCGCUUCCCCCUGGGCCAACGGCUUCUACGGCUCCCCCGGCAUCUCGGGCAUGCUCCCGGCCGCCUACACGCUCCUGUCGACCCGGUUCCUCGAUCGGGUGGCGGAAGCGCAGCGGACGAGUUCCAUCCAGCUCAAGGAAUGGCGGCGCGGGACCGUCGGCGAACCGGGCGGCUGGACCUACCACGCCAAGGGACUCUGGAUCACGCUGCCCAAGGAGGAGCAUCCCAGUCUGACGUUCGUCGGCAGCAGCAAUUACACCAAGCGCAGCUACAGUCUGGAUCUGGAGGUCGGGGCGCUCGUCGUCACGGGCGACCCGGAGCUGAAGCGGAAGCUGGGGGCCGAGACCGAGUGGCUGCAGAAGCACUCCAAGGCGAUCGAGAGAGAGGACCUGAGAAGAACAGAGCGGCGAGUCGGGUGGAAUGUCCGGCUGGCCAUGUGGAUUGUCGAGAAGGUGGGGGGCGCGCUAUAGACAAAACAGCCGACCUGAUAUGUUUGUUUCUAUGAUGCCAUAGAAUCCGUAUACCCCCUCUGUACUAUUAUUAUUAUUGUUGCUAUUGUUCUUACUUUGUUGUUAUAUGAUAGAUAGAAUGUACAGUCAGCUCCGAAUACGAC